ACAGUGUGCGCGGCUCGUGCGCUCUUUCAUCUGGCGCUCCGAUACUCUGACAUCGUUUUGUGCGGUCGUGACGUCGCAGAAGGAAAGUAAUGACUUGUUUGUGAAUUUAAAUAACAAGAAGGAGCGCUCGUUUUUUUAUUUGAACAUCCCCAGGACACCUUGGAUUUAUUCUACAGAUCGAUAGUGGGUCAUUGGAAAUGCCAAAGAAGAUGACAGCGAGCUGCUGGACGAUUUGUCUUUUUCUACUGGGAUCUGUCACUGAGUUCAUUGUUCUAGCCAGUCCUGAGGUGAACGAAAGCCAGCAACAACAUCCUCAGAAUGUGUACCAUGACAUCGGUGUCACCAGAAACAAGAUUGUGACAGCUCAAUUUGAGUGCUAUCAGAAGAUCAUGAAGGACAACAGUCAAGACAGAAGAGGCCCGGUGUGUAACAGGACGUGGGAUGGAUGGUUGUGUUGGGAUGACACUGAGGCAGGCAUCACCUCUGAGCAACACUGUCCUGACUAUUUCCAGGAUUUUGACCCUACAGAAAUGGUCACCAAAAUAUGUACAGAAAGUGGGCAGUGGUUCUUGCAUCCUGAAAGUAACCGCACAUGGACAAACUUCACCAGAUGUAAUCUGCACACUACUGAAGGAAGAAGGACCGCAAUGAAUUUGUUCUACUUGGCGUUAAUAGGUCACGGGCUCUCUUUAACGUCACUGUUCAUCUCACUCGGCAUAUUCUUCCAUUUCAAGAGCUUGAGCUGCCAGAGAAUUACCCUGCACAAAAACCUAUUCUUUUCCUUUGUAUUAAACUCCAUUAUCACUAUCAUUUGGUUAACAGCAGUGGCCAACAAUCAAGAACUGGUUCAGCAAAACCCAAUCAGCUGCAAAAUAUCUCAGUUCAUCCACCUGUACAUCUUUGGUUGCAACUACUUCUGGAUGCUUUGUGAAGGGAUUUACUUGCACACGCUCAUUGUUGUGGCAGUGUUUGCUGAAAAGCAACAUUUAAUGUGGUAUUACCUUCUUGGAUGGGGUUUUCCACUUAUUCCUGCAACAAUACAUGCUGUGGCCAGAAGUUAUUACUACAAUGAUAAUUGUUGGAUCAGCUCAAAUACGUCUCUGCUAUACAUUAUUCAUGGUCCUAUCUGUGCAGCAAUGCUGGUGAACUUGUUCUUUCUGCUGAACAUCGUACGAGUCCUCAUCACCAAACUGAAAGUAACACACCAAGCAGAGUCUAGUCUGUAUAUGAAAGCUGUUCGUGCGACCCUCAUUCUGGUUCCCCUCCUGGGCAUUCAGUAUGUCCUGCUUCCUUACAAACCUUCUGGACGCGUCUCUGCUGAAAUAUACGACUACAUCAUGCAUAUCCUUAUGCAUUAUCAGGGACUGCUGGUGGCCACAAUCUUCUGCUUUUUCAAUGGAGAGGUCCAGGCGGUUUUGAGAAGGCACUGGAAUCAGUACCGUAUUCAGUUUGGAAGCACCAUCACGCAAUCUGAUGCUCUGAGAUCUGCUUCGUACACUGCAUCCUCCAUAACUGAGGUUCAGGGCUGUUACAGCAUUGACGGACACACAGAACACUUGAAUGGCAAAAACUACCAUGACUUUGACAACGCCAUAAUAAAACCAGAGAAUCCCUUGGCCUGAUGCCACUCAACAUGGCAAUGUGAUGCAGAAUAUACACAAGAAAAAAAAAAAAAAAAAA